AUGGCGCUCAAGCAUUUUCUGCAGCCUCUCUCGCGUACACCCAGUCCACGACAUGUCUUGUCCAAGUCUUCGGCAACGGCACGCAUCCGACGUGUUAGGAUACAUACCUCAUCCUCUGAGUCUGCUCAUCAGUAUGACGAGGAAUCCUUCAGUGAGGAGACAUUGCGACGGAAGCGGCGGACGGAGUGGAAACGACGGCAAGGCGGCCAAACAUUCCUCGACCAUGUAGUAGUUCAUAUCCGUGGAGGCAGAGGGGGCGAUGGCUGCGUUGCUUUUCACCGCGAGAAAUUUAUGCCAUACGGGCCACCUUCUGGCGGCAGUGGUGGACGUGGUAGUGACGUAUAUAUCAUGGCCACCCCGCAUCUCACAACUCUGUCCUCCGUACCGACCCGAAUACGUGGUCACGCGGGGGGUAACGGCCAGGGUACUUGGCGAAACGGGAAGAAUGCGCCGCCACUUGUGAUCAAGGUCCCGCUCGGUACCAUAGUACGCGAGCUGCCACGCGACGACUCGAGGCGGAGCCAGGACGAGUACGAAGCAGAGGCUGAAGCACUCGAGGGACUGGAGCCGGAGGAGCGCAAAAAGAAGCUUCGAGAAAGGCGGUGGGUGCACUACCCCACCUAUGAAGAUGACAACGUUCAACGCAAUGAGUUCAAGGAGGCAGAGAGAGCGCUAUAUCGGGAGGAACGUGAGCGGCGAUUCUUGCGGAGACAACGCGAACAACAAGCAAUAUACUUGGACCUCGACAAGCCUGAUGGCGAAGAGGCGAUUGAUCCGAAUGCACCUCUGGGUACUCGGCGUCAGGAGAAUUUGGGUCAUCUCAUAGCAGCGGGCGGCCCUGGCGGUGUCGGCAACCCACAUUUUCUCUCAACCACGAAUCGUUCACCGAAGUUCGCGACGAGAGGUUACGAUGGCGAGCGAAUCUCUUUGUCGUUGGAGCUAAAGCUGCUGGCGGACAUUGGGCUUGUCGGUAUGCCGAAUGCCGGAAAGAGUACGUUACUGCGUGCGCUCUCUGGAGGUCGCGCAAAGACCGAGGUUGCCGGGUAUGCGUUCACAACGCUGAAUCCGGUGAUGGCAGUUAUACGAGUCACCGAUGACGGCAGCUUUGAGGGCUCGGAAGGCCGGGUGUAUGAGGAGACGUGGGUAGAAGAACAGCGCGAGAAGGAGUUGAUGGAAAGCGGAGCACUGGCCGACGCUUUCACCAGGAAUCAGCGGACACAUGAUGAUGAUAGCUCCGACAGGGAUCCAUACGUUUCUCUGGAGGGUUUCAGAUUUACCGUCGCAGACAAUCCCGGUCUCAUCGCGGAGGCAUCGUCGAACGUCGGCCUAGGUCACUCAUUCCUGCGAUCUAUCGAGCGCUCUCUCGCGCUCGUGUACGUAGUUGAUCUCUCCUCGCCUGCGCCAUGGGACGAUCUCCGCGUGCUCAAGAAUGAGAUUGAAAAAUAUAAACCUGGGAUCAGUCCUAAAGCCCGUAUGGUGCUCGCGAACAAGGCAGAUUUGCUGGGAGGACAAGCAGACGAUGAUGCUGUUCAGGUCGCGAAAGAAAAGUUAAAGCAACUCGAGGAUUUUGUUCAGCGCGAAAUGGUGGUGGAGAUGCAGGAUAUCGCGGGGAACAUUAUUGGAACUCGCAAGCUGGAUGUGGUUCCGAUAUCAGCGAAGUACAGUUUGAACUUGCGCAAGGUGGUAGGCCUGAUGCGUGGAUAUGUGGAAGAGGCGAGAAGCGGUAUUCAGUCUUCGCCAGAGAUCCAAUAA